AUCUUUGCGAUUUUAUCCAAGUUCUAAAGCUGGGUUUUUUUUAGUUUUUUAGUUUCUUCUCACCUGCGAUCGUGUGAUUUCGAUUUGUAUUGUAAGAAACUGGGUUUUUUGGGUUUUCUAAAUCAUCGUUUAAGUUUUGAUAGAAACUAUGAAGAAAGUUGAGUUUUUUAUGCUCCUUCUCUGCUUAAUCGGAGCGUCGUUUCUAGUGAGUGCUGAUCCACCAACUUGUCCUGCGGAUUUGGAUGGGAAGUGUAGUGAUUCUGAUGAUUGGCAAGGAGACUUCUUUCCUGAAAUCCCUAAUAUUAAGUAUGAGGGACCUUCGACUAAGAACCCACUUGCUUACAGGUGGUAUAACGCUGAAGAAGAGAUUCUUGGGAAGAAGAUGAAGGAUUGGUUUAGGUUCAGUGUUGCGUUUUGGCAUACAUUCCGUGGUACUGGAGGUGAUCCAUUUGGUGCGGCGACUAAGUAUUGGCCUUGGGAAGAUGGUACUAACUCUGUCUCUAUGGCUAAGAGAAGAAUGAGAGCUAACUUUGAGUUCUUGAAGAAACUUGGAGUUGAUUGGUGGUGUUUCCAUGACAGAGACAUUGCACCUGAUGGCAGUACACUUGAGGAAUCUAACAAAAACUUGGAUGAAGUUAUCGAACUCGCCAAAGAACUCCAAAAGGGAAGCAAGAUCCGGCCAUUGUGGGGUACAGCUCAGCUUUUCUUGCAUCCUCGUUACAUGCACGGAGGAGCAACCAGCUCUGAGGUUGGAGUAUAUGCUUACGCUGCUGCUCAAGUGAAGAAGGCAAUGGAGGUGACACAUUACUUGGGCGGUGAAAACUACGUUUUCUGGGGUGGCCGUGAAGGUUAUCAGACGCUCUUGAACACUGACAUGGGAAAAGAGCUUGAUCAUCUAGCCAGGUUCUUUGAAGCUGCUGUUGCUUACAAGAAGAAGAUUGGAUUCAAAGGUACGCUUUUAAUCGAGCCCAAGCCUCAAGAACCCACCAAGCACCAGUAUGACUGGGAUGCUGCAACUGCUGCCAACUUCCUAAGGAAAUACGGUCUUGUUAAUGAGUUCAAACUCAACAUUGAGUGUAACCAUGCCACGCUUUCUGGUCACACCUGUCAUCAUGAGCUUGAAACUGCAAGACUCAAUGGUUUACUUGGGAACAUUGAUGCAAACACUGGCGAUGCUCAAACUGGAUGGGAUACAGAUCAGUUUCUUACAGAUGUUGGAGAAGCAACCAUGGUUAUGAUGAGUGUCAUCAAAAAUGGUGGGAUUGCACCUGGAGGCUUCAACUUCGACGCCAAACUGCGAAGAGAGAGUACAGAUGUUGAAGACUUGUUCAUUGCUCAUAUUAGUGGAAUGGAUACAAUGGCUCGUGGACUGAGAAACGCAGUGAAAAUCUUGGAGGAGGGAAGUCUAAACGAAUUGGUACGCAAGAGAUAUGCAAGUUGGGACUCUGAGCUUGGGAAGCAAAUAGAAGAAGGGAAAGCUGAUUUCGAGUAUCUUGAGAAGAAGGCUAAAGAGUUCGGAGAACCGAAGGUUUCUUCUGCUAAACAGGAACUUGCUGAGAUGAUCUUCAAGUCAGCUAUGUAGGAAGAAGAAGAAGAAGAAGAAGAAGAGACUAAAGAAGGCUUUCUAUGUUUAUUAAAAGGAUCGUCUUCUUACUUUCUUAGUUCUCUCCUAAUCUUUGAGAGGUCUGAAAACCAAAAAUGAAAAAUAAGAAUGAUUAGAGAGGUUGUUUCAGUUGACGUACUGUGUACUAUGCUUUCUCACACUCUUAGUUCCAAUUGAAUAAGAACAACUGUUUUAAGGCCUUA